AUGGCGGCGCGCAUGAGUGCAGCGGCUCACAGCUCUCCCUCCCAGUGCUAUCUUCUGUCUUGUCUGUACAUAUGCUUUAUCUGUCUGUGCACCAUUUGCUCCGCGAGCAUCAGCUACACCCGUCAGAACCUUUUGGACAUUGGUGUACAGCACCGGAUCUGCGUCUCGAGUGACUUUCAUGACGCACACAACAUCCCCACCGACAUAGCCAGACCGCCGGGCUCUCCGUGGAUUGUUAUCAGGUCGGGGAGGCAGCGCAGGCGGAGGAGGGAGAGGAAGCAGAAGCGGGGCCGCCGGUCCGCACACUUCUCCAAGCUCGUGAUGCUGCCUUCAGGUCUGGCGACAGAGCGCUAUACAGUGCCGCUCGAGCUGACCUGGAGAAGGGAAUCAAAAGAGCUAAGAAAGAUCAUAAGAGGAGAACAGAGUCCCACAUGUCCAGCAACAACCAUAGAGAAAUGUGGAGGAGCAUCCAAAACAUUACCAACUAUAGAGGCUGCAGUGCUACAGCUACAGGACUGA